ACUCUUUUCUUCUCCCCAGAUGAUGAGAAGGCUGCCGAGCGCGCUGCCCUCCGCCCUGCGUUUGUUUGCCUCUCAGCCACAAAGUGCCCAACGCACCGAUCUGUUCCGAGCCCAACCAAGCCGAGCCGAGCCGAGCGUGCGUCUGCACCCCCCUCCACACACAUCCACACACACGCCCCCCCAACCCCCGCCUCCACCACCACUCCACCCUCGCCGUCUCCGACCGCCGUUCUGUGGCAAUGGAGCCGUAACCAAGCUCAGUGUGCUUUAGCUGAGCCGAGCGUGUGAAACCGACGGAUCCGGAGACCAAGCGGCUAUGGAGGAGAAGCGCAGCCAGGCUGGAGUCUAGACUGCACGGAAAUCAACACACCCGGAUUACUUUUUGCAAUAUUUUUAUUGAACUCUAAUAUUAAUCUUUGAACAGGGAUUUCCUUUUUUAACUUUCGUCCGAUAAUAGCCUAUCAUUUGCUCACUGCACGGCGAGGAUGCAGGGGAAGGAGGCGAGCUUUCGCACGGGAUGCUGGAGACGAACGCUGCUGUCGUGCGUCUUGGCACUCUCCUUGAUCCCGCUGGCUGUCCACGGGAAUGCUGUUGGGACCAAUGCCACUGAGCCGGACAGCGCGGCCAAUGUUACCUCCCUUCUCAGCGAGGAGGAUGGGCCUGUUAAGGUCAACGAGGCCGUCCUCGCAGUAACCGGGACGACCAGCUUGGCCAGUCCAGACACUGUGACCCCGAGGGCAGGCCGGAUCCCCCGCGCCGGCGAGGAGGACGAGCAGAGCAGCGGCAUGUUUCCUGAAACAUUGGUCCCUGCUUUGGAAGAAGUGGCAGCCCCGCCCCAGAUCAGCCCUGAUUCUGCUGAGACAGAGCACCUGCUGCCUAGCAACCCACGCGGACAGGACGUCGUGGAAAGCGAGGAGGAGGAGGAGGAGGAUGAGGCACGUCUGCCAAACACCGACCCGCCUUGGAUCCACGCCAAGGACACAGCCGUGUUUGACCUGGAUCACCUCUUCACCACCACCACCGCCCAGCCCUCGGCCCCCAACAACCCAACCAACCCCACCAAUCCCUCCAACCCUGACGUCCUCCAUGUCGACUUCUUCGACCCCUCCUCUCGUGGACGCGGCCUCGACCUGGCACCGCCGUCUCCAUCAUCACUGGCCCAUGAGCUGCAGGGAGGCGACGCGACCUCCUGGGCGAUGCCGGACAACUACGACUACCUCACCCCCUAUGAGGAUGGCGUGUCCCCCACCGCUGAUGAGUACACCUACAGCACCACGACCGACACCUAUGAGAGCGAUGAAGACCUCCGCCUCGCCGGUGGGUCUCCAGCUCGCUCCAAGCCCAGAGUGCCAGCGUCUGGCCCCUUCAUCCCCGGGGCCCCACGUCCUGGAGGGAGAGCUCCAGUACCAAAUGUCCCUGGGGUGGCUCCUCCAAUGGCCUCACCAGUGGACGGGUCAGAUGGAAUGGGUGGAUGCCGUGUGGGCUACCAGAUGGUGAACGGAAGUUGCCGCUCGCCCUGCGACAUGCUGCCAAACUACUGUUUCAACGGUGGACAGUGUUACCUGCUGGAGGGCAUGGGAGUCUUCUGCAGAUGUAACGUCCAGGAUUACAUCUGGCACAAGGGUGCUCGCUGCGAGUCGGUGGUGACCGAGUUCCAGGUGAUGUGUCUGGCCGUGGGCGCCUCGGCUCUGGUGGUCCUGCUGCUCUUCAUGAUCAUCGUCUGCUUCGCCAAGAAGCUCCAUGUGCUCAAGACGGAGAACAAGAAGCUGCGCAAGCGCAGCAGUAAGUACCGGCCUUCAUCGGAGCAGCACAAUGAUAAUUUCUCGCUGUCUACCAUCGCUGAGGGCUCCCACCCAAAUGUAAGGAAACUGUGCGACACCCCUCCUAACGUCCCUCAUGCCCGUGCAUUGGCUUACUAUGAUAACAUUAUCUGUCAGAAAACCAUGAGCAGAUACACCUGGGAGUGUAAGACCAAAGAGGAGUCCGACUGUGAGUUUCACGCUGACGGGAGGACAGAGGGCCCCUAUCCCGUAACCAUGGAAGUGACGUAUCCACACGUCCUGCCUGAAGUUACUAUCUAGGCCAACAGCCAGCGGGUAAAUGCUCUCACUGCUCUUCCUUUCUAAAAGUGCUGUUGAAUUCAAACGCAAACAUUUAAUUAGGGUGUGGUUGUAAAUGGUACAGGCAUCAGGGUCUGGAAUUUGGUGUGUGUGUGUGUGUGUGUGUGUGUGUGUGUGUGUGUGUGUGUGUGUGUGUGUGUGACGAGGCGCAGGCGGGUGCCCCAGGAUGCCUCAGUGCAGCAGGGUCGAUGAUGCCAUGCAAUAUUAAUGGGGAUAAGAGGCUGGAAAAAA